AGAAAGAAAAAAAGUAAAAAACAGAAUCCGAGGCCGAGAAAAUAGGGCACAGCUCCAACUAAGGAAUUCAAAAUAGCAAAGGACAUUACUGAAAGACUCAAACAAGACGGCGAAAACAAUCCUGCAACUUACUGGUCUAAGGAUGUGGACAGUUGUGGGUGUGGUCUGUCUCUCUCAGUGCAUUAUGGGUCAGCUGCUGGGGGCCAGGUCCAAAGGAGCCCUGCCUCAAUUCAUUUGCAGCAUUCCAGGGUUGCCAGGGGCACCAGGAAAGACCGGCCCCCCUGGGCCUCCUGGGGAGGAUGGCCAUGUCGGAAUUCCAGGAAGAGAUGGGAGGGAUGGACGGAAGGGGGAAAAGGGAGAAAAAGGAGACCCAGGGCUUAGAGGUCGAGUCGGGCCAACGGGAAAACUCGGAGAGCGUGGGGAGAGAGGUUUCAUUGGGAAGCGUGGACCUGAGGGUGAUCCUGGAGAUUUGGGGCCUCCUGGUCCUCCAGGACGUCUUGGACAGAAGGGUGACAAAGGCCAACGUGGCCCUCCAGGAGAACCAGGUAUCUGCAGAUGUGGAAGUUUGGUUCCCAAAUCCGCUUUCUCUGUAGGCAUCACCAGUAGCUACCCCACUGAACAAGCACCUAUCAAGUUCAAUAAAGUCCUGUUUAAUGAAGGUGGCCACUACAACCCAGAGACAGGAAAAUUUAUCUGUGCAUACCCAGGAAUAUACUACUUUUCUUAUGACAUCACUCUGGCCAACAAGCACCUGGCCAUUGGGCUGGUCCAGAACGGACAGUACCGGAUAAAGACUUUUGAUGCCAACACCGGAAACCAUGACGUGGCAUCUGGCUCAACCGUGAUGUUUCUCAACCCAGAGGAUGAGGUAUGGCUGGAGAUCUUUUACAGGGACCAGAACGGCCUGUUUGCUGACCCCGGCUGGACUGACAGCCUGUUCUCUGGAUUUUUACUUUAUGCAGAUACAAACUAUAUGGAUACAUUGGCAGAAGACUACAAAUAGCAGCUAUGGUAACACCAAUAAUUGAUGCUACCCAUGGCCAGUCCAUCCCUGUCUUUAACCCUGGAUUUGGUUGUGCUGUUUUUUCAGCAUUUCAUGCCAUGAACACUGCAUUUCCAGACACUGUUUUAAUUUAUAAAAAGCAGUUGUUAUGUAAAAAAAAAAAAAAAAUCAGUACACAACUUGUCUCAAGAACCCUACAUUCUGUUCCAUUCAGCUGUUUUGCACGGAGGAACAUCUGACUUGCUGGAAGUCACCAUGUAUAUUGUUGAAACAAAAUAGUUUCUGCUGAAAAUGAUGUUGUUACCGAUCAUACAAAUAAGAAUGAGAUCCCU